AUGGGCCCGUUUUAUGUUGAACGGACCAUUGCGCCGUCGGAGAUGGUCCGAUGGUAUUUUCCCGAGUUCCGUGUUUGUCUGAUGUCUUGUGACCGGCGGUACGAGUCGUUAAAGGCCGCGAAUGUUCGAUCCAAACGGGUGCUGACCAGUGCAACAUGGCAGGAGCUUUUGGAGCCUUCUGAUUCGAUGGACAUGUUCAGCAGCGAGCUGGACGAUAUGGACGAUGUUUGGAAGCCCAAGAAGCCACGGAUCAUGGAUUCUGCGAACGAGUCGGCUGGGACCAGUCGCACGUUGUAUGUGAACAUAGCUGUGAGAAACACCUCGAUCUGCGUGAACAACAAGGACAAGAUGAUGUUUGGGGACGCAGUUUGGAGCUGUGCGAUGGUUCCUGGGUGUGAGGAGUCGAAAUACGAGGAUUCGCUGGUUGUUGGGCUCGAAUCAGGGGUAAUUCUUAUAGUACGGAUCCGAGUUGUUGAUGGACAUUUUGAGCCGGUGAUUGUGCAGAAACUGCACACGUUUCAAUAUUCUGGCGAGGAGCGCGUUCACAUGCUGGGGUAUCGGUUGAAUGUGUUUCGAACGGGCAAAAUGGUUGCUGUUGGGGCAUUUUCCAAGGUGAUCCGACUAAUACGUCUGGAAUACGAUAAUCUUGGGGUUCCGUCGUUCGGGCUUUCGCAGAACCUUGUGGUGAAGGGCACGAUCAUCAACAGCGUGUUUCUAGAGCCUUUGGACUCGGCAGAGAAAAAUUACAUGGUGCUGGUGAAUUUAGUGAGCACCACGCAUAAUAUUCUCGAAAUGGAGUAUAACGAGAUCUACGACCACGAGCAGUCUUUGACCGACAUCAAGACACACACAAUCAUGAUGCGAAACACGGAGGAGAUCCCCUUGUUUAUGAUUCCAGCAAAAAAUACCCAGUGUUUGGUGUUGCUCCAGGAGACGACAUGUACGGUUCACGGAGUCCAUUACAUGAUAUCGCGCGACGAGAGCGACACUUCCAGGAACCCAAUGCCGAUGGUCAGCGGGAAGUACAUCCAGCCUGUUUCGUUCUAUGUUCCGCAGUACCCCAUCACGUGCUACGAAGACGACGAGUACGAGGACGGCACGCGCGACCAGAUUCUGCUGGCCACCGACGAGUCGCUUUGGUUGCUGGAGGUGCACAAGGCAGCAAAACGCAGCGAGUGGAAAAUCAGGUUCAGAGAGCUAUUUGUGCUGCCAACGGUGUUCACGCAGUUUUGCAUGGAGGAAAUCGCCGAGCGACAGUACUCGCUAACAUAUUUUAGCGAGCGCGGCGCGUCUGAGUACAGGAUCAUUCGGCUGGUUCCGAAAUCCAACGGCCGGUGUUUCAAGCUCAAGGUUCUGGAGGACAAAGGCAGUAUUAUCAACUGGUAUCCGACGUUUGACUAUGCGAUUGUGCCGUCGCAACGGUCCAAAUUUGUCAACCCGACUUCCACGCAGGAGCUCUGGGCAGUCGGACGAUGCGACUCGCGCGGUUCCCUAUUUAACAUGCAUUGGGGCCACAGGGCCGAGAAGUCUGUUCCCGAACUAAAGUACAAAGACAUGACACAGAUUUUCCGGUUUGAGUUGGACGACAGACAGCACUUUGUGCUGACCAAUUGGUACGAGUCCAGGCACAUUGCGUUUUCCAAAGAGGACGAGACGGGAGAUAUCCAGGAAUUGGCCGACUUCUAUUUAGAAAAGCGUACCGUUCACUUUUCCCAGCUUUCGGACGGCAGAUACAUCCAGGUGCACCAGGACGGCUGGCGGAUUGGGACGUACAGGUCUGACGAGUUUGAGUCUGUGUGGCUACCAAAUAUUAUUUUGGCAGACGUUUUAUGCGACAUAAUUAUUGUUGCGUACGAAUACGAAGAUGUUACGAAGAAGGUGAACUUGCAGGCUUUUACUGUCUUUGGAGACGAUGUGCUGAUCAACACGCGAAUCGACAAUUUCCAGCCCACAAUGGUAAAACUGGUCCAAUUGAACGACGAGCUUCUGCUGUUUGUUGGAACGUUUGACAAUGUUCUCUAUCAGUACCGGUUCAACUCUGGCCAGAUGCGGUUGGAAUGCCAGACUUGUAUCCGCGAUAAAAGCCCUGACUUUGUGAGUCCGCACGACAUGGAGAUCACCCCAAAAUACCAGAUUCUCACCUCCAAAAACGGCAUUCUGAACAUAUACCAGAACGACAAGCUUCUGGUGACACUGAAGCUCGGCGAGGUCCCGAUUUCAAUUAUUAGACAGUCCGAACAUGUUUUCUUCCUUGUCACUAAGACCCUUUGGCGACUUGACCUGCUAAAGUCGAUGUAUCCAGAGAGAAUAUGGGUUUCAGAAACAACAGACAGAGGAUGUCGCACGGCCGCUUUGAUCAAUUUCGCCAACGAUGACGUUUUGUCCGACUAUCAGGAAGACCAGCUGCUUGCGGUGCGCGACGACGGACUGUGCAGUCUGUUUGUUUCCAGGAUCCCCGACUGGAUCACCAAGAAAAUCAAGCUCGAUGCCACUCCGCUGCACGUGAUGUACUACGAGCAUUACGGUCUGUUUGUUGUGAGUGUUGCUGGACCGGAAAAACUAGUUUUUGUGGACCACAAGACCAAACGAGUCCUGACGAUCCACCAAGGCGAGUCGAUCCUCUCCUCUUACGAACAGCCACUGUGUUUUUCCGAAUGGCAGGUUAAAUCGCGUCGUGUUGACGACUACACACACAACCAUCUUCUCAUUGGAUGCAAGGAUACGAGAGACGGAACAGGUCUGGUCAAGAUCGUCGAGAUCAAACGGGCCAAAGACGUUCUGAACCUGAAAGUGCUAUACUCGUGGACACAGCAGUCGUCAGUGAAUGCAAUUGUACAACUUCCUGACUCCACGAUCGUUUACGCGGUUCGAAGCAACGUUCGACUACGCAAGUACGAGCCAUCGGAGAGCCGACUGAGCGACGUUUUUGUGCAAAAAUCGUUUGCGUCUGAGGUGCGCUCUUUGCGGUGCAACAGCGACAAAACGGUUACGGUGGUUACAGCAAACGAUUCGGUAUUCACAUUCGAGUAUUCAGGGGAGGAUGACGGACAGCUCGCCGAGACGUACCAUGACACAGUGAACCGCAAUCUCAUGGGCAACAGCGUGAUUUUGGGAGACAAACUGAUAGUUGCUGAUCGCCAACAGCAAACUCUCACAGUUUUGGACACCAAACGGGACUCUCGUCUCCAAUACGGCGAGCCGCCCGUUGCGUGGAAAGUGCCAUUUAUUCCAAGGUUGAAUGCGUGCGAGUUCAAACCGCUGUGGAAUCUCAACCGCGAGCCAAACGGCAGGUUUCUGGCCAUGGGACUGAACGGCGAGUUCAGACUAUAUGUGGACAUCCCGCGGCACCUGUUUGAGCGGUUGGCGGUCCAAUGCAAGGCCAAUGGAAACGAAGAGUGUCUGAGACCAAACGUGAUCAACAUCGACUGUCUGGUGAAUAAAUUCGACAAAAUCCACGACACAGAGCUCGACGAGCUCUUUCAUAGCGUCAUAAUAUAG